GGGCGGGGGCGUGCAUAGUCUGUCUCGCCGCUCCGGUACGAGCAGCUCCCGGGAGCCCGGUUUGGUACAUUUCUGGAGCAGCAGGUGCAUUAACCAGACAUGGUGGGAAGGACAGAUUUCUCAAGAAACGUGGCCUGAAAACCGCCCAUCAAAUAAGAUCUGUUUCUUCCCUAAUAAAUGGAGUAAUGGCAGCCUAUGCAAAGAUCUAUUUCUCUUUAUGAAGAAAUUAUCCUGGAUGCAGCUCCUAUCUGGCAUGAAAGGGAAGGACGUCUGUGCCAAGCGAGAAAUGGCUUCCCCAGUUUGAAGACACUUAUGGUCAGUGCAUCAUUCUUCCUUGAACAUGCUGUUCAGAUAGUACUUACCCUUAUAGAAUGCCCCCUAUAAUGGACCACAUGGACAUCUGGACAGCAGAUACACCGCUUCCUCCAGAUAUCUGUGUGGACGUCUUGCUUCCCACUGGUAUAUAUGUGCAGAUGGACGUCCCAAGGGAUGCAUCCAUAUCUCAUAUUAAACAGCUCCUGUGGAAGCAUGCACAGAGCUACCCUCUGUUUCACCUCCUUCUGGAGAUUGACUCCUAUAUGUUCCAGUGCGUUAAUCAUAAUGCUGUUCACGAAGAGCUAGAGGAUGAGACUCAACGUUUGUGUGAUGUUCGCCCCUUCCUGCCUGUCCUGAAAUUGGUAUCCCGAAGCUGCAAUCCCGCAGAGAAGUUAGAUUCCAAGAUAGGGGUUCUGAUAGGAAAAGGUCUUCAGGAAUUUGAUGCCCUAAAAGACAACGAGGUCAUGGAAUUCCGCAGCAAGAUGAGAAGUAUCAGUGAGGCGAAGAUCCAAUCCCUGCUUGGCCUAACAUGGGUAGAGUGGCUAAAGCGUACAUUCCCCCCAGAACUAGAACCAUCCAUACAGGAUAACAUCCAAGGCAAGCUCUAUGGUGGCAACAUUGUAGUGGCCAUUCAUUUUGAGAACUGCCAGGAUGUAUUCAGUUUUCAAGUGUCUCCGAACAUGGUCCCUGUGAAAGUAAAUGAGCUUGCUAUUCGAAAGCGCCUGACUAUCCAUGGCAGAGAAGCGGAAGAGGUAGAUCCUGAGGAUUUUGUGCUGCAGGUCAACGGAAGGCUGGAAUUUGUUUUCGGGGAUCACCCUUUAAUUCAGUUUCAGUACAUCAGAAACUGUGUAAUGAACAAGGCUUUGCCACAUCUAACACUGGUUGAGUGUUGCAACAUCAAAAAACUGUUUGACCAAGAGAUGAGUGAGAUUGAACAUGCUGUGAGGAGAAAGUCAUCCAUGCACCCAGCGCUUCCAAUGCCCUUGCCUCCAAAGAAACGGGGUGCAUCAAUGAAGACUCUGAAUAUGCGGGAUAUUGUGUGGAAUAUUGUUCAGCCAUACAAGAUCAUACUGUCCAAAGGGAGUAGACUGAACACAGAGGACAGUGUUUUGGUCCGGGCUGGCCUUUUUCAUGGCACCGAACUAUUGUGUAAACCCACAAUGACUCCGGAAGUGCAAGGAAAGAAUGAUCAUGUUUGGAACGAGACACUGGAAUUUGAAAUCAAUGUCUGUGACCUUCCACGAAUGGCACGUCUCUGUUUUGCUAUAUACGCUGUUCUGGACAAGCCUAGGAACAAGAACAAAACCAAAUAUCAGACAAUCAAGAAGUCUGGCAAAAUGCACUUCCCUGUAGCCUGGGUGAACACCAUGGUGUUUGACUACAAAGGGCAGCUGAGAUCUGGGGACCAUGUAUUGCACUGCUGGUCGUCAUUCCCUGAUGAACUUGAAGAAAUGCUAAAUCCCAUGGGAACAGUUCGAACCAAUCCUUACACUGAGAAUACCACAACUCUACACAUAAAGUUUCACGACUACUCCAAAGAACCCAUUUCUUAUCCACCAUUUGAUAAGAUACUUGAAAAAGCUGCUGAAAUUGCACGGAACAGUGACAGCCUGUCUACGUCGGGUCGAGGUGGGAAAAAGCUUAAUAUUGAGCUCAAGGAGAUCAUGGAACGGGACCCUUUGUGCCAGUUAUGUGAGAAUGAGAAGGAUCUGAUCUGGACCUUGCGGUACGACUGUAGAGAGAACUUUCCUGGCUCUCUGCCCAAGCUUCUCUUGUCUGUCAAGUGGAACAAGCUGGAGGAUGUGGCACAGCUUCAAGCCCUACUCCAAAUCUGGUCCAAACUUCCCCCAAGGGAUGCCCUGGAAUUGCUUGACUUUAACUAUCCUGACCAGUAUGUGAGAGAAUAUGCAGUCAACUGUCUUAAACCAAUGAGUGAUGAGGAGCUCUCCCAGUACCUUCUGCAGCUUGUGCAGGUUCUGAAGUAUGAGCCGUUUCUGGACUGUGCCCUGUCACGCUUCCUCCUACAGAGAGCCCUGGAUAACCGCAGGAUAGGACAGUUCCUCUUCUGGCACCUGAGGUCUGAGGUCCAUAACCCUGCUGUCUCUGUGCAAUUUGGCCUGCUGCUGGAAGCAUACUGCCGAGGGAGCGUGGCCCACAUGAAAGUGCUGUCUAGACAGGUGGAGGCUCUGAAUAAACUGCGCACGUUAAAUGGACUAAUCAAACUGAAUGCUGUGAAGCUGAGCAAGGUCAAAAACAAAGACAAUAUGCAUACAUGCCUGAGGGAGAACGCCUACAAGGAGGCACUGAUGCACAUUCAGUCGCCCCUCAACCCCAGCAUCACCCUUUCUGAACUUGUUGUAGAGAAGUGCAAGUACAUGGAUUCUAAGAUGAAGCCCCUCUGGAUUGUGUACAACAACCGUGGAUUUGGCAGCGACUCUCUUGGAAUCAUCUUUAAAAAUGGGGAUGACCUACGUCAGGACAUGCUAGCACUUCAGCUGCUGCGGCUUAUGGACAUGUUGUGGAAGGAGGCUGGGUUGGACCUGAGGAUAGUGCCUUAUGGCUGCCUAGCAACUGGAGAUCGCUGCGGUUUUAUAGAGGUGGUGUCCGCUGCAGAGACUAUUGCAGACAUCCAGCUGGACAGCAGCAACCUUGCGGCUGCAGCCGCUUUCAACAAAGAUGCUCUGUUAAAUUGGAUCAAGGAAUGUCAUUCUGGUGAUGACCUAGAGCGAGCUAUUGAGGAAUUCACCUUGUCCUGUGCUGGCUACUGUGUAGCUACUUACGUUCUUGGAAUUGGUGACCGCCACAAUGACAACAUCAUGGUUAGGAAGACCGGGCAGCUUUUUCACAUUGAUUUUGGACACAUUCUGGGGAACUUCAAGUCCAAGUUUAAAAUUAAGAGGGAGCGUGGGCCCUUUAUUCUUACGUACGACUUCAUUCACGUGAUCCAACAGGGAAAACCAGGGAACACAGAGAAAUUUGGCAGGUUUCGGCAGUGCUGCGAGGAUGCCUACUUGAUCCUACGCAGAAAUGGGAACCUCAUCAUUACUCUGUUUGCACUAAUGCUGACAGCUGGACUCCCUGAGCUGAGUUCUGUUAAAGAUAUCCAGUAUGUCAAGGACUCCCUUGCCCUGGGCAAGAAAGAGGAGGACGCACUUAAGCAAUUCCGCCAGAAGUUUGAUGAGGCCCUAAAAGAAAGCUGGACAACCAAAGUUAACUGGAUGGCCCACACAAUGCGCAAGGAUUACAAGGCUUAGAGAUCCAGUCACUGUCUAAGCCUUCUACAUAGAACCUUCUGUGAGGAUGUAUUCUGUCUAAAAUACAUGAAUGCACUGGCUGAUAAGCACUGAGUGCCGCCCUGCUUAUCUCCAUUUGUGCCACAAACGGAUCUCUAGCUGCCACUUUAAUGUUACUUGUAUCAUUGGCAUUCCAGUUGAAGACCAAUGUCUGUUAUGGACCAGGCAGAGAGGAACCCACACACAAUAGCCACUGCUAUUCUGUUGCCUCUUGUGUGUUUCCAAUGCUGUAUAUCACUGCAAUGUUUGAAAUCAAUGGAAUGCACCUAUGUUCAGGCUGGUGCCUCUCAAAAGGCUCCAGUGUUGCACACUUUCUACUGUGAUACUUGACUUGGGCCUUCUCAUGAUAUUUAUUUUUUUCUAUCUAUUUUUGUGCUUAUGCAGCAGAGCUCAUCGGGCGGCUCUAAGCUCGGAAGUGCCGGGAAGCAGGUUCAUCAAAGGAUUUUUUUGUUCUAUUUGCUGUCUUCCUGCGUACUCGAUAGCCUUUUUAGCAUUGCACUGCCCUAUUCAUGCCGGGAUGCCACUUGAUACCAUCUGUCAUUGUCUCGCUGUGUCUUCCAGUUGCCACUUCAGUACCGGAGAGGAACUUUGCACUCUGUGGGACCUUGCUACUGUAUUGAGCUUAGAAGCACAGCACUUUGAAUGACAGUGAGUUGCUGUGUUGUAUAGAGAAUGUAUUCUUCAAGUCUAUCGGUACUUGUCCUGAAUCUAAGUAUGAUGCCACCCACCUGGCAGCAGGCCUUCUUCUCUUGCUGUAGGCAGUGGGGCCUAUUGUGUAGCAGCGACUAUUUCACACCCUACAGUGGUUGUUUGUAAACAGUCAUUUGCCUUUUCCCAAUAUUUGUGUCACUUUGUAUAUUCCUGAGUAACAGGGACUGAAACCGAGCCCUCAUGGGGCAUGAAUUCGCAGAGACGGGUUUACAUUCCAUUUUGCUUCCUACACCAGACUGUAAAAGAUCUAUCGAUACUUGAUAGCAGCAGACUGACCACGCUCAGCUGCAACCGGACGGAUGGAUGCGUACGCCUGUUUGUCUCUAUGGGAUGCUUGAGUGCAGUGUGACUGAUCAGAAAAUAGAGUUUCCACAUGAAUAAAAAAGCAAGGGAUGACUGAGAGAAAAGUGGUAUUUAUUCAACUUUUUUUUUUUUAAGGAAAAGGGUAAAUUAAUUUUUUAAGUACUGCCACUGGAGCUGCAACAUUUCCUGUAUUUAUUAACAUUGUUGGCUAAUCCGACUUAAAAAAAAAA